UUUUGAAAGGCAAAAUUGGGAACAAAGACUAUAUGGCUAUGUUUGGUGACAAAAUCAAAUCCAAGAGACCUAAAGUUCAUACAUUUCACCAUAUUCUUCUUUGAGCUGCCAUCGUUGCCUGCAGGUCCAUAUCCUCUCCUCCUUGUGGAUCAUCUCUUUUAAUCUGAAAUGGAGAGCUUUUGUGAUUUGCCAAGUGAUAUAGUGGAGAGAAUCAUGUUGUGGGUACCUGCCGAUUCUCUACUACAGUCUAAAUCUGUGAACAAGUUUUGGUAUUCUCAUAUAUCCACUUUCAUCAACAACCCAGAAUUUGUAGCCAAGCAUCUCCUCAUUACCAAAAACCAGUCCUCUCUAACCUUACUUUUUUACCUAAGGAAUUUCCUCCGCGUCCAUAAUCGCUUAAUCACAUACCCAUUGUCAACUAUAAUCUAUGACGAUGAUGAUGAAGAGGAAGACGAUGAUGGUGUCAUCGUCACAGAAGGUCUCAGUGUACCACGGCGUUCGAAACCAUGGGACAAGUUCAUGCACUGUGAUGGGCUCCUUUUGCUAGCAAAGAUUGAUCAUCAGAUACCAAAAGGAAAACCCAAUCAGCCUAUGGUGUUGUGUAAUCCUGCUUUGAAAGAAUUCAUGAUUCUCCCAAAAUUAAACAACGCCAGAAUCGAUUGUUAUACCGCUAUAGGAUUUGAACUAGAUUCCAAAAACAACCAGUACAAAUGUGUUGCCAUUUGGUAUCAUUGCGGACAAUGCCAAGCUGAGGCAUACACAGUGGGCUCUGAUUCAUGGAGAGAGAUUGGUAUGUCUCAAGACAUAAUGGAUGCCAUAGUGGGUUUUGAACUAACCAAUUGUUUAUGUUUGGAAGGUGUUUGUUACUGGUUAGUUGAUAAAGGAGCUGAAACUGAGUGUGAAUGGAUACUCAGUUUCGAUAUGAGUGAUGAGCAAUUCUGUACCAUACAUUUGCCAGAUUUUGGAGCUUUGGGUGUUGAAGAUUGGGCCUCCACACGUUAUGUUAUCAGCCUUGCUGUGUGGAAUGAUUCACUGGUGAUUUGUUUGACCCUUAGAUUAGAUGGAAAUAUCAUUUUUAUCUUCACCAUGGAUGAAGCUGCAGCAGGUUCUUGGAGCAAAUAUGGGCAGGUUGGACCACUUGAAAAGAAGAUCAAGUUUUUUCUACCAAUUUGGAAGAAUGAUGAAAUUCUGAUGAAAGUUUAUGAUGAUGAUGAUUGGCGUGCACAGAAGUUGGUUUCUUGCAACAUUCAUACCCAAAAGUUAAGAUGUGUUGAUCCUGAUUUACCUAUAGAGGCAUUUGAGUUUAAUGGUUGUUUGUAUGUAAAGAGUCUGAUUUCUAUUAGGGGGAGGUGAAGUUCACUUCCAUACACAUCUGGUUUGGUUAGACUUGUAGACCAAAAUUGUUUUAGUCUGAUUUUGUGAACCAAGUUGUUUCUUAUUUAGACAUACAGAGAAUUGAACAUUAUGAAUGUAAUGUUUGUUUUUUUCUUA